AAGAAGGAAGCAAAUGGCAUGCCAUUUGCUUCCUUCUUCCACCCUUCUCCUCCUCUAUCCCUCCGCCCAAAUUCUUUGCUUUGGGUUCGCUUCGCUACCAGGGAUCUCUUCACUACUGUUACAGCGGCGCGGCCAAUCCCCCCAUCCCUGAUCAAACCAGCCGACCCCCAAGUUUACCCGCCGCCGGAUCGAACCCUAGCCAGCCACCGCCGGUCAUGUCGGCGCCUCCGCCGCCGCCGGACGAGGCCGUGCCCGUGCCCGGCGCCGUCGCGGUCAUCGGCAACGACAAGGUGCUCGCCGCGGCGCAGCACAUCGUCAAGUCCCUCGCCACCUCCAAGAACGCCGCCGACGACAUGAUCCGCAUCCUCUCCGGCUUCGACCACCGCCUCUCCACCAUAACCUCCGACCUCUUCCCCUCGCCCUCCCCUUCCCACUCCCACUCCCACUCCCAAUCCCACUCCCCCUCCCGCUCCCCCUCCGACCCCGACACCGACGCCGACCCGUCCUCCCUGGCCGCCUUCGACGCCGCCGAGCAGCUCAUCCACCUCUGGGACACCACCCCGGAGGCGCUGGUCUUCGAGGCGCCCGAGGACGACGCGGCGCACUACCUCGCGGCCGUGGACGCCGCCGUCGACCACCUCGCGGCCGGCGGGCCCGCCGCCGCCUCGGGCCGCGCGGGCGUCGCCGUGCAGCUCGCCAUGGCGCGGCUCGAGGACGAGCUGCGCCACCUCAUGCUGCGCCACGCGGUGCCGCUCGACGCCAGCGGGCUCUACUGCUCGCUGCGCCGCCUCUCGCUCGAGUCCAUGGACGACCUCGACGCCUCCUCCGAGUUCGACCCGGCCACCCCGCACAGCGCGGGCCCCGACACCGCCCGCAGCGCCAGCAUCAGCGUCAACCCCUUCGACGACCACCUCUUCGACCUCGUCCGCCCCGACGCCGUCGACGAGCUGCGCGCCAUCGCCCACCGCAUGGCCCGCGCCGGCUACGCCAGCGAGCUCGUGCAGGUCUACUGCGGCAUCCGCCGUGACCUGCUCGACGAGUGCCUCUCCGUCCUCGGCGUCGAGCGCCUCAGCAUCGACGAGGUCCAGCGCAUCGAAUGGAAGCACCUAAAUGACAAGAUGAAGAAGUGGGUGCACGGGGUCAAGACCGUCGUCCGCUCCCUGCUCACCGGCGAGCGCCGCCUCUGCGACCAGGUGCUCGCCGUCUCCGACGAGCUGCGCGACGAGUGCUUCGUCGAGUCCACCAAGGUCUGCAUUAUGCAGAUUCUCAACUUCGGGGAUGCCGUGGCCGUCUGCCCCCGGUCGCCCGAGAAGGUCUCCCGGAUUCUCGACAUGUACGAGGCGCUUGCCGAGGUGAUUCCUGAGCUCAAAGAACUCUUCUUUGGGACUCCUGGCGAUGAUGUGAUCUAUGAUUUGGAGGGGGUCCUUGGGAGGCUUGGGGACGCGGUAAAGGGCAACCUCCUUGAGUUUGGGAAGGUUCUGCAGCAGGAGUCGUCGAAACGGCCUAUGAUGGCCGGCGAGAUCCACCCAAUCACACGCUAUGUGAUGAACUAUCUUAGGCUGUUGGUCGUUUACAGUGAUACCCUUGACCAUCUCUUGGAUAACGAUGCUGCUGGAGAUACACAUGGAGGUGCUGAUGAGGAUGAGGAGUAUCUGCAGAGCUUGACCCCGCUUGGGCGUCGUCUGGUGAAGCUCAUGUCUUAUUUGGAGGCUAAUUUGGAGGAAAAAUCAAAGCUUUACGAGGACGGCGCACUGCAGUGUAUAUUUUCCAUGAACAAUACACUUUAUAUCGUCCAGAAGGUGAAGGAUUCCGAGCUUGGGAGGAUUUUGGGCGAUCAAUGGACACGGAGGCGCCGCGGGAAGAUUCGCCAAAAUUCCAAGAGCUACCUUAGGAUAUCAUGGACCAAGGUUUUGUCCUAUCUCAAGGAUGAUGGACAUAGCGGCGGGAGUGGAAACAGUCUUGGGAAUUCAACCUCCAGGAUCAAAGAGAAAUUUAAGAACUUCAACUUUUCCUUUGAUGAGACUUACAGGACUCAAACACUUUGGAAGGUACCGGAUCCUCAACUCCGCGAGGAACUCAAGAUAUCGAUAUCGGAAAACGUGAUUCCAGCAUAUCGGGCUUUUGUGGGGAGAUAUGGUAGUCUAGUGGAUAAUGGAAGGAGCUCAGGGAAAUACAUAAAGUACACUGCUGAGGACUUGGAGAAUCAACUGUCUGAUCUAUUCGAAGGGUCACUAGGUUCUGCCAACCACUCCAGGAGACGGUAGUAGCUUCAUUUGAUGGAAUUUGGUUACAGCUGGAGCAGCUUCUUAAACUACCUAAGCACGGAGGGAGCAUUGUGCGGUUAGGUCAGCUUGGUUCACCUGAUGUUGCAGUUUUGGUUUGCUUUGUGGAAUUGUAGAAAAAUGAAUAUACAGCCAAAGCAUGUGUCGAGACUCCAGGCCUCAUUCAUCAAUAGGAAGCAUUCUGAAGGAUGGCACACUAUAAGUAGCAACUAAUUUCAAGAACUAUACAUAUCUCCACUCUGGUGGCUCAGGGACUCAUGGUGCGUCAUUUCUUGAAGGGAGUGGAUGGAGAUGCUGUGUUUAUCUUCCCUUUCUUCAUGUUGUAUCCGUUGAUCUCUUCCUUGUGGGUUAGGUACUCAUACAUGACAUCUAGCUGGAGAUUCUCGAUUUUUUAGUGUAGCAGUUGUACCCUGGUGGGCUCACUGUAAUCAUGUUUCUGAGAACCGGUGAUGACUGGCAUAGUGGCAUUUAAAAGGAAUAAUCUUACUCAUGGUGAAGCUGGCUAUAAUCCAGCCAAGUCGAUUAA